CAAAUUUAUUUAAAAGGGCAAAGGGAAAGGAGAUGGUGCUUUUAAACUUUAUAUUUACUUAUUGUUUGUCUCAAACCUUUUUAUUCACUAUGGUUUCAUCAUCAUCUUUAGCUGCAAAAGCACAGCCGCAACUUCCAGUGCGCCGAAAUUCCAAUCCAACCGAAUACACCGUUACAUACAGAUACGCCCCAGUCAUAGAAGAACCGUCCAAGAGAAGUAGUAUCAUCUACCCGGAGUACCGGAGAUCAGGAAUCGGCGGCCACACAAACUUGAACACGCAGUCAGGCAUUGGCGGCCAUAUUAAGGAGCGCAUAGAAAUGGGAAUGGGCAAGGCAUGUAUGUCUCCUUUGCCUUAUCGUAAUACCAGUGAAGCAUCAGCGCCUGGUUCUGAAAAUAUUCCGCUCAAAAAGGCUAUAUCCGUGAGCAGUUUGCGCUUGUUGACGAGAUCGCACCCUCACCCACAAAGAACUGAGAAGCCUGUUAGCGAGCAUUAAGUUUUCUA